AUGAGUAUGAGCACUGGCUCUUCUUCUUUUCCAGGCAAGAAACUGGCUUGCCCUGGCGGUAAAGGCAGAGCGAUAAUACGGUUUAUUUGUUCGGACAGUUCGAUGACCGGCCAAAGAUAUGUGAUGGGAGUCGUGUUGUUGCUCGAAAUCAUCACUGUUUAUUGUCUUUUUGUCUACACAUAUAUGAAAAAUCCCCCUCAAGUGAUGCGGUUUCAAUGGAAAAGCCAUUGGUAUUCACCAAACCAAACUUCUUUAAAGCUGAUAGAACGAACAAAACAGGUUUCAAAGCUAGAAAGAGUACUAAUGAAUGCGGCUAUGGAGGAUAAAACAGUGAUAAUAACGGUGUUAAACAGUGCGUGGACGGUUCCAAACUCUACGUUUGAUUUAUUUCUUGAGAGUUUUCAAACCGGAAUUGGGACUGAGAGGUUAUUGAAGCAUGUGAUUGCGGUUUGCUUGGAUAGCAAGGCCUAUGACCGAUGUGUACAAGUUCAUAUUCAUUGCUACUUAAUCAAUACCUCUGAUUCUGAAGAACUCUCAGGGAUAAACCAGUUCAUGUCUCCCAGUUACUUAAAACUCAUUUGGCGGCGAAUGGAUCUCCUAAAAGAAGUUCUCAGCUUAGGCUAUAACUUCCUCUUCACGGAUGCUGACAUCUUAUGGUUCCGUGAUCCAUUUCCUCGGUUCUUGUCCAACGUUGAUUUACAAAUAUCAUGCGAUGGUUACAACGGGAAACCUUCGGACAAGAACAACUACGUGAACGCUGGAUUCAUAUAUGUCAAGGCCAACAAUAAAACUCUAAAUUUCUACAAGUAUUGGUGCGACUCGAGCAAGAGAUUUCCAAAAAGACACGACCAAAAUGUUUUCAAUUCCAUCAAGAACGAACCGUUCGUAGUGGAACUUGGGAUCACGAUGAGGUUCUUGGACACAGUUUACUUCGGUGGGUUUUGUCAGCCGAGCCGAGACAUCAACUUGGUUAAUACUAUGCAUGCAAAUUGUUGUAUUGGUUUGGAGAACAAAGUGAAGAAUCUUAGAGCCGCUCUUCAAGAUUGGAAGCAAUAUUUGUCCGCAAAUACGAAAGUGACUGAGAUUAAAUGGAGUAUUCCACCAAGGUGUGGUUAUUAG